CACAGCUGAGAGAGAGAGAGAGAGAGACAGAGAGAGACAGAGAGCCUCCACAGGCGCAUUCUAUUUAUGUAUAUUCAAAAAAAGAAGAAAAAAUUUUGAAUUUUGAUUUUGAAUCCGAGAGAUCUUGAUUAGUGUUUGGAUUUACUGAUUUGUGAAUCCCUUGUUUCGUUUCUCUUUGGCUAAUUACAUCGCAGAUCCUUGAAAGCUCUCUGCAAAUUUCUGUUGUGUUCGUCGAAGUCGAAUCUAAUCUUCCGUCUUAAUGGAGCUGUAGUUCUCGCGCGCUUCCCGAGUGUUUCAUGGACUCUGAUAAUCUGAAGCUUGCCGAUGGGCUCGAGGUAGUCCAUCUAAAUGGUGUUCAUGAGCAACUUCCUGGCUCUGGAGAGGAUGAUGCUGUUGCUAAUAAUGUAAAUGGGAUUUCUGAGGGCACUUCAGAGACCACAGGGGGAAAUGGAAAUCUUGUAACUGCAGAAGUGUUGGAUAAUAGUGGUACCAAUAACUCAUCUCCUGCAGCGCCAAGGGAGGAAUCAAAUGCUCGUGUGAAGAACAAGAAGUUGACUGUUUCUAAGGAGGGGAAAGUGAAAGAUGCAGAUCAUUCAAAGCAAGCCAAGUUAGUGAAGGUUCCAGGGAAAAGCAAGACUGAGAAGCCAUCAAGCCCCAGAAACAUAUCAGCAACUUGGGUGAAGAAAAGCAGAGAUGAAAAGGAUGUGGGAACAACAUCCACCUUUUCAAAUGGUUCUGUGGGUUCAAAUCAACGCGCUAAACAGCCUGUUAAAAGUAAUUCCUUUAAUGACAGGCAGAUUCAUUCAUCCAAGCAAUCUGGAAAGUCUGAUGCUGCGUCAUCUGAUGGCCAAAUAAGUCCAAAGGCAGAAGAGGCCAAACAAUGCAGGGCCGGUGCCCUUCCCAAUUAUGGGUUCAGCUUUAAAUGUGAUGAACGAGCUGAGAAGAGGAAAGAGUUCUACUCUAAACUUGAGGAAAAGAUUCAUGCAAAGGAAGUAGAAAAGACUACUUUGCAAGCGAGGUCUAAGGAGUCUCAAGAAGCCGAGAUUAAGCAGUUUCGAAAGAGUCUGACCUUCAAAGCAACUCCCAUGCCCAGCUUUUAUCAAGAACCUCCACCACCUAAGGCGGAGCUUAAGAAGAUACCACCAACAAGAGCUAGAUCUCCCAAGCUUGGCAGAAAGAAGAGCUCAACACCUGAUUCUGAAGAAAAUGGCAGCCACAGUUUGCGACCAGGUCGUCUAAGCUUGGAUGAGAAAUCAUCUCGGAGCAAUACAAGCAAAAUGUCCCCUGUAAUUGUGAGGAAGCCACAGCGAAAGUCUCUCCCUAAACUGCCUUCUGAGAAGACUGUUUCUUCGAGUUCAAAAAAUAAUGAAAAAGCCAUACUAUCUGAAGCUUCGAAGGAGGAAAAUACCUUUUUUUCCAAUGCGACAAGUGAAACUACGUCGCCCGCACUAGAGCAGAGGGUAGUUGAGAGAGCUGAAGCAAGUGAAACUCAUACCGAAACAGAUGAAGGAAAUAUUGUUGCAGAGCAGACUCAACCCAUUCUGGUACAAGAAGCCAUUGCAUUGGAGCAUUAAGUGUGUCAGUAAUUGAAUGGAUAUUCAUAUAUGAUACCCUUAAUUAGAUUGUAUGAAUAAGAGGUGCAAGGUUCAAAUCAUUCGACAAUGGAAGCACAAAGGAAAGGAUUUUGGAUUAUGGGUAGUGAGUGGUCGUCUGUCUAUAGUCAGCAACAAUGGUUUUGUCUGUGUGUGCUUGCUUUCAAAGAGUUGCUGUUCUUGUCAUUAGGACAAUGCAUCCUACUUUGCAGUAUCGUCUGUUGUCAUUUUGUCAAGUUAUGUUAAUUUAUGUUGUUUAAGCAUCUCUUGUUGCCUGCUUAUUGGAAUCAUCUUGUAAAAUUUUGGGCUACUGUUACAUAAUUAUUGAUCAAAAGGUAUUGUUUAUUCCAUUGUCUGUUGAA